CUCGGGUUCGCGGACGUGCCGUGGCCGGUGGUCGGGCGGCCGGCGGCCCCUGGCGAGAUCGAGACGGCGGGGAUCGAGGCGUUCGUGCUCGCGGGGGGCCUCCCGGGCGACCGGGCGCGGGACAGGGUGAAGGGCGCGAUGAUGCGCUGGCACCCGGAUCGCUUCGGGCGGCUGUGGGGGCGGGUGCGGGAGGAGGAGCGGGCGGAGAUCGAGGAGGGGGUCGGGCUGGUGGCGAGGUGCUUGAGCGAGCUGAUGGAGAAAUACGCCCAGUGA